AAGCAGGAAAGGUCUCUCUCCAUAUAGUUCCUGCAGCUGGGAGUCUUUGGAGCCUAGAAGAGCCAGAUGCAUUUGCAAGCCUCUCUCUCUCCUUUUUUGUUUUUGUUUCUCCAUCCACACCCAAAAAAUAUCAUGAGGUGACUUUCACUUAACUACUAAUAUUUAGAUAUUUAUGGGCUGUUGUCUUCUUCCCCUUUGAGCAUUAGCCAAUAGCCACAUGCUGCCUCCUUUCACAGCAAAGAGCUUUCUUAAGGGAGGAUCCUUACAGAGACUUUUUUAAACUAUCAAAGAAAAUGCAAAUAGUCUGUGUGCUCUUAGCAUACGCUCUGAUAUAACCAGCUUGGAACUGAAGCCAGCCCUAGACAGAUCUGGGAAGAAAAUACUGAACUUAGACUUCUCCAAAAUUUUUCAUUUACUUCUAAGGGUGAAAACAGUGAGAAGAUCCAGUGUAUCAAGUUGGAGACUUAAAAAAUGUAAUGCCAGACUUUUUGAUAAUUUGUAGAAGUAUUUCAGAUGUAGAAGAAAACUUUCAAGUCUGGGUGUCUACGAGUGAGGUUCCUCAAAUCCAGUUAGGCAUCUGCAGGACUGAAUAUCAGGCCACCUAUAUUCAGAUGCUUAACUAUGGAUUUAGGGACCUCACUUGAGGCAUCUUCUGGACUGACAGACAGGCUGCACAUUUCCCAUCUCUGGAGACUUUAGGUCUCUAAGGUGGUAGGUCUCAAGGUGAUACCUCUCACGCAGAGCCCAUGGAUACCUCAGGAAAUAUGACUGUAUUGUCUGGCGGCAACUUGACGUGCACUUUGACCAUUGACGACUUCCGAAAUAAAGUGUACUCCACGUUGUACUCCAUGAUUGCGAUUCUGGGCUUUGUUGGAAACGGCUUUGUACUGUGUGUCCUCAUAAAAACGUACCAGCAGAAGACAGCCUUUCAGAUCUACAUGCUGAAUCUUGCAGUGUCAGACCUCCUCUGUGUAUGCACUCUGCCUCUUCGAGUAGUGUAUUAUGUUCACAGAGGCAACUGGUUCUUUGGUGACUUGUUAUGCAGAGUUAGUUCCUAUGCAUUCUACGUCAACCUGUACUGUAGCAUUUUAUUCAUGACAGCCAUGAGCUUCUCUCGCUGCAUAGCCAUAGUUUUCCCCAUCCAGAAUCUCAAUUUUAUAACUGAGAAAAAGUCCAAACUGGUAUGUGUGAGCAUUUGGACUUUUGUCACACUGACAAGUUCUCCAUUUUUACUGAGUGGGUCUUACCAAGAAGGUAACAAGACAAAGUGCUUUGAACCUCCAAAAAGCAGUCAGAUGACCAGUCUGCUGGUCCUACAUUAUAUUGCACUGUUUGUAGGCUUCAUUAUCCCCUUUAGUAUCAUAACGAUCUGUUAUGCCAUGAUCAUAAGGACCUUACUGAAGAAUUCACUGAAGAAGAAUCAGUCUACUCAUAGGAAGGCCAUCUGGAUGAUAAUCAUUGUAACAGCUGCCUUCCUGGUCAGCUUCACACCUUACCAUAUUCAGCGCACAAUCCACCUUCACUUCCUGAAGAGGAAAGACUCCAGCUGUGUAGACAUCCUUUUCAUGCAGAAAUUAGUAGUGAUAACCCUAUCCUUGGCAGCUUCAAACUGCUGCUUUGACCCACUCCUGUAUUUCUUUUCAGGGGGCAACUUUCGGAGGAGACUUUCCACAUUUAGAAAGGCUUCCUCCUCCAGUGUGAUACAGGGACCCAGGAAAAAGUUUUCAUUAAAGGAGAAAGACGAUGAGGCAUUUCAAGAAAGCCAUAAACAAGCUGGAUGUGCAGUGUAGCUGUACUUCCUUUGUAAAGUUUUUUGUGUGGCACUGCAGUAGAAAUAAGCUCACAGUGGGACACCCAUGAUUUCAGAACUCCUGCAGGAGAAAUGAACAAAACAAAUGCAUCUUCAUCAAAGUUAAAUAGAGACAAAAAUCCAAAGGGACCUGCUUCUACUCAUACCUUUCUGAUCAGACACCCCUCUGGCUGCCAUUGAGGAGUUUAUCUGAUCGUACUGUGGAGCAUUUAAAUUCCAAGAGACUCAAAGCAAAAAGGACUGAAAUGUGAAUGAAUAUUCUGAAAACGUGCUCAGAAGGUAUGUAUAUUCCACCCCCCACACCACCACCACCACCACUAAACAAGCUACAUCAGAGCAGCAGGAAAACAUUUGCCAGCUAGUAAAUUCAUGCAGACAAACUCUUCAAAUCCCACAUAAGGUCAUGAGGCAAGUCUACAAAGGCCAUUAGUCACUGAGCCAGUGGGAAAUGUAAAUAUUUGCCAAGAUAGAAGCUGAUGGAGCUUAUGCAAAGGGGGAGGGGAAAGAGAGGAGGAGAGUAUGCACUGAAUCCCAAAACAGACACUGAUUUCACAGGAAAAUUUCUUCCCUAUUCCCAGUUAUUUAUUGCCCUGGUUUUUAACUUUCAGUGGCAUAGAUCAUUGAUUGUCAUCACCUAAUUCAGAAGGGCAUGUGCACAGAUGACUUUAAGCCAUCUUUACACUUCCCCAGUUGUGGGCCAGUUAUGUGGCAGGCCCAUCUUCUGGUGUAAUUUAGAGCAGCCUAAGGACUGUUCUAACUUGUACUAGCUACUAACCACCCCAAGGAACUGGUCCUGCUGCCUGGGAUUAGGGAAGCCCCAGCCAUGAGGGGGUGGCAUAGGAGCUACUACACUGGCUCUGCAUUAUCAGAUGAUCACCCUAUGCAGAAGUAAUCCUCAUGUGACCAUUUAUGUAAGCUUUAUGUCCACUAUACACUGGCAGUGCAGCACAAAGAGCCACACCACACUAGAGGAUCUGAGCCUAUAUCUUCCCACACAGGAACUGUAUUUGUGUUCACACACCCCCCGCCCAUACAUUUCCUGUAAUUUGAGUUCCCUUUUGCAAAUAUAUUACAACACACUAGUUACCUCAGUUCACAGCUACAAGACCUUUGAAUGGCUUGCUGUCUAUUUGAAUUUUACAAGUAAAUCCCGAGAUAUAGUUCUGGUAUGUGCCUCCCAAACAAACAUUUUGGCCCCAGUCCUGCACCAAUUGAACCUUAAAAACAUGAGUAGUCUCCUUGAAGCCAGUGGUUGCUUUCAUACAAAAUGGGAACUGACUGCCUAGGAAGGAGUACUGUGGAAAAGGAUCUGGGGGUCAUAGUGAAUCACAAGCUAAAUA